UAUUGGAUAGAGUGGAAGAAGAAGAAGACGAGAAGAACAAAGAAGGUAAAGGUGCCCUCAAAUAAUCCUCUCUAACGGGAUCAGGUGGUGGUGUGUUAGUACUGUAACCUAUUUUAAUAUUUUCAGUUUAAGCAAUCUGACUUGAAGUCUGAUUAUAUGAAAUGCUAGAGUGUAAUGGUUGAAUUUUGGGGUAGCUGAUUUGCUUGGCAAAAAUGAAUACCGUUCAAGUUACUGCAACAUGCCAACCUGGGAUUUAUGUGAAAAAUGUAUCUCAGUUGCACCAGCUUCAUUCUAAACCAUAUGUUUUACCAAUGAGUAUCAAUACUUGCUCUCGUAUUCCGAUGAGUGGAAGAGCAAAACCAUCAUCUGGCUUGGAAUGUAGGCCCAUUUCAAAAUCUCGUAAACCUCUCCAUAUUUGCUUGGCUGGUGGAAAAGGAAUGAUGAGCAAUGAUGAUGAGAUUUCCCCAUGGAAAGCUAUGGAGAAAGCUAUGGAAAAAUUUAAGGGACAACCAAUAGAGGAUGUGUUACGGGAGCAAAUUGGAAAAGGUGAGUACUAUGACAAUGGUGGCAGGGGAGCAAAACCACCAGGUGGUGGCAGCGGUGGUGGCGGCGGUCCUGAUGGCCCUGGUGGACCGGAAGAUGAAAACUUUGCUGAGACGUUCGAUGAGAAUCUCCAAGUGGCUUUAGCAACCCUUGGCUUUAUAUUUCUGUACAUUUAUAUCCUCACUGGCGAGGAAUUUACGAAGCUAGCUAGAGACUAUAUCAAGUAUGUUUUUGGUGGAAGUCAGAGUGUUAGACUGAAGAGUGCUAUGUCAAAAUGGGAACAAUUUUCCGAGAUGACAGAGACGGAAGAGGAUGAUGAGUAUUGGUUGGAAGAAGCCAUUAUGGAUACCCCAACAUGGUGGUACAACCCUGACGAUUACUAUACCGCCGUAAAUAAUUAUUUGAAAUCAAAUCCAGAUGAAUCAGAUUCAGAUUUCUAGACUCUGUAGCAUCCUAUUUUGCUGUCGCUUACAUAUGUUUUUCCCUCAAGGUUAAUGAAGCUUUCUUGACAUUGUAUGAUCCUGUUUUCAAUGGAUUGCCCUUCCAUGCAUUUGUUUUUCUCAAUAUAAAUGGAGCCAGGAAAUCAAUUCGGCUAUUUU